UAAAAAUGAACAAAGAAUUUUUAAGUUUUGAUGGAUCGGUCAAAAAAAAUCAAAGAGAAAGUUUAUCCCCUUAUAAAAUUGCAGUUGUGCUGUUCAUCAAAAUUUAUUGUUCCGAUACAAUGAGUAGAGUUAUUAUUGAAAAACGAGACUUUUGUAUUGCGGCGUUGAAAUUAAUACAGUCGCCAGAUUUAGAUAAAAGAAACUUGUUUGGAGUUAUUAAUUCAUCGGAAUUUGUAUUAGCACGUUUUAGUCUGCAGUUACAAAAUGAUUUAGAUUUUAUCUGUGCAGAAGGUGUUAAAGAACUAUUAGACUUAUUCGAUAGUCUUGGAAAUUUAAUGAAACCUAUAAUAGAUAAUCCUCAUGUAGCUUUGUUAAACAAGCAUUCGGUUCUUGGUCUUUACGUGCGUCGAACCAUUGUGCUAUUUGAGAAACUAACAUUCUGUAAAGUUGUUGCACUUUUCGAAGACUUGAAAGUUUAUGUAAAAAAAAAUAUAAAUGAAAUGAAUACUUCUAUGGAUGAUACAAAAAGUGAACAUAUUUACUUUCAAAACGAUAAUGUUUGGGGAGGAAGACAAGCCGAAUUACUUGUUGCGCAACAGGCACACGCUCUUCUCACUGACGAGCACAAAGCCUUACCACCCGCCGAACUUCAAGCCCUUGUAAAAGAUCUCUUAAGUAGUAGUCCAUAUUAUGCAGAAGCUCAUUAUCUGAGCUAUCUCAAUUGUUUAAGAGUUAACGAGUAUUGUGGAGCACUUGAUAGCUUGUAUCAUUGUUUCGAUAGAUUAGCUCCUUUAGAAAGUCGUCCUUCUCCAGAUGAUAAACUCAGAACAUUUAGAUAUGCUGCUUUGAAUCUUGCUGCACUUCACGCACAGUUUGGCUACAAGGAACUAGCUCAAUUGGCUUUAAAAGAAGCAAUUAUGUUGGCUCAAGAAGCAGGAGAUAACGUUUGCUUACAACUUGCACAUUCGUGGGUUUAUUACUUAACGGAUAAGAAUAAAGGUCCAUUAAUUGAGCGAUCUAUUGCUAAAGCAACUGCUCUAGGAAUGACACAUACUGCAAGUUUGGCACUAAUUGCUUCUGCUCACAAUUCUGCUAUGGAAGGUAAAAGUCCUCAAGUUGUUUUUGAGACCCUGACCAAGUCCGACGUGCUGAACAGUCAGCAUUCGAUGAUCGAUCUGAUGUCAAUGAUCUACGCGGAGAAGACGGCACUCUGGGCUUACUACGGUAAGACCGAAAUGUCGUCGGUAUGCGCACAGCUGCUUCUCCUCUUCAAUUCUGGAGAAAAGAAACAACUGAUGUUCAACGGACCCUCAACUUGUCAAGCCGUCGUCACCCUCGCCAACAUCCUCAACGAAAUGGGAGAGUACGCGCUAGCGAGCACUGUUCUCUUCCAUGCUAAGGAGCGCUUCCCGAACCAGCCGAGCAGAAGGAUUUGGGCUCUUAGCGAACAACUACACGAGUUCUCGAAACUCAUGAGGAAGGAAAAGUGGUCGGCGGCCGAGGAAAUCGCCUUGCAAAUCUCCAGCCUCGACUCUGUCGAGAGUAAAUUCAGAUUGGUAGAAGUUCUCUUUGCAAAGCAUGAUUUUCCAGAAGCUUUGAAAUUAGCAUACGAGCUUGAGAAACUAGAGAAUAUUACGCCACAGCAGAAAGUACGAGCAAAGCUACAAAUCAGCCAAAUAAAAUGCGGUUCUGUUUUUGCUGGAACUCCACAGUCGGCAACAAGCUCAAUUUUGCUAUUAAACUCCGCCUUAGAUAUAGCCACGAGUAAUCAUUUAUCAUAUUACGAGGCAUUAGUCAAUAUGUAUAUCGUCAAUGUUCAGUUGUUACUAAGAAUGCCUUUUCAAGCUUUAAGAAAUGUGAGGGAGCCAAUUAUUCAAAUAUUAGCUCACGGUGGAUUAUAUGACCAAGCAAGAGCUUACAUUACAUAUGCUAAGUGUUUAUCAGCUAAUGCUUCCAAGCAAACUGAUGAAAACAAGAAGUAUAUGAUGUUGGAAGCGAUAAAACACCUUUACAAGGCAAAAACAUUGCUUGAAAAACUUGAAGCUAACGAUAGACUAAAAAGCACGCUGUACUUGCUGAGUCUUUUUUAUCAUGAAAUUGAUAUGCACGAUGAACGCAACCGAUGCGCUUUUGAGUUUAAACAACUCGAUGAACAAUUUCCAGCUGAAAAAAAUUACAUAUUUUUAUUUUGAUAAAUUUGUUAUAUUUGUACAAUAAAUUUUUAUGC